AUGAAUACAAAUGAAGAAACUCCGAAUUGGAACUGCCCAGCCAACAAUCAAAACCUCCAAGGUCUCGAAAAAGCCGAAAUCAAAGCGGCCAUCAAGGAAGGUGAAACCAAACAAAAAGAAACCAAAGAAGAGAUUAAGCAGUUAGAAAAAGAACGCAAAGAUAUCCUCGCUGGCUCAGACACCGAUAAAAACGACAAAGCCAAAGAAAAACUAGAAACCAAAGAAACCAAAAUCCAAGAACUAAAAGAAAUAGAAACUAACUUAGAAGACUUAAAAGUAGUAGAAAAAGGUGGUUGA